AUGUCGAUUAACAAGGAUGAACUUGUUAUGGGAACUGAAAAUGCCUUGGUCGUGGACGCAAGAGUUACUGGUCGACCUAUGUCAUCCAUAAUACACAAGUUCCGCGAGAUCCUCUCUUCUUUUGACGUAAUCAGCUACAAAAGGGGCGCUGCAAUUAUCGAAAUGCUCCGUACAGUUAUAGGAGAGAAGAAUUUUAGAAAGGGACUAACGAGCAACAUCAGAACGAGACUAGAGUUACAAAGCUUUAAUGUUGGACUUCAAAUUGCCUAG